AUGUCGUCGUGCGCGCUAAACAACGGGACAGAUGGCACCUCAUACUCGUUCGUUCCUGAACCAGAGGGCUUACGAAUUAUUCGUACCGUAAUUUUCAGCUUGUUAAUGGCGCUUUCACUGGUUGGAAACUUUGUCGUGUGUCGCGCAGUGUGGAGACAGCGCGGAGCUAAACCGUCCGCUCAUUACCUUGUCAGCAAUUUGGCUUUUGCCGAAAUUCUCGGCUCAGUUUGCGUGGUGUUUCGGGUCCAUGCCGAUGAACCGCCGUGGUCUUGGAAACUUGGUCCUGUUAUGUGCAAGAUCGUGGAUCCUUUGCAAAUAGCAAGUCUUCUAGUCGUCACAACAACCUUGGCGAUUCUUGCUGUCUAUCGUUGUCUCGUUCUCGUCAAGCCGCUCAUUACCAAACUGACCAGCCGACAAGUUCGUUGUCUGAUUAUUAUCACCUGGGUGGGAUCCAUUACGCUAUCGAUUCCUUCAUCGGUUUUUCGUGUUGUGAAAGUGUACAGGAUAAAAUGUGUGGACUAUCACAUCUGCGAAGAAAUAUUUCCAGCAAGUUACUUCCAUUACCAAAACACUUAUUCCAUUUUCAUCUUUGUUAUCAACUUUGUAGUGCCACUUUUGAUAAUGGCGGUGUCAUACACUUUAGUCAGCAAGAAGAUAAGGGAACAUAUCUUUGUUAUUACCAGGCUCCGAAACGCGCAAAGUAAAGCUAUGUCGGCAGCUUGUCCGUCCACUUGCUUAGGAGAUAUGGAUGCAGCUGGAACUAACGGUAGAACUAGGGAAGAAGAAGACCAGGAAAAUAUCGAGCUAGCUGACAUGGCAACAAACAGCAGGAUAAACACGGACUCUCCGUGCAGAAACAUGGGAAAGAAUAACAAGGAAACUGAGAACCCCCUGAUGCCAAACAGCAACGAAUCCUCGAGAAAAAACAAAGCCAGCUUUGACCUGGAGAGCGACUUACUAAAGAUGGUUUUUGCGAUCGUGCUGAUAUUUGUAGUUUGCUAUAUUCCUUAUCAAAUUCAGUUCCUAUUGUUUGAGUUUAACGUGGAGUCGUUCAAACAAUGGACCCAUCGCUACGCUUUUUCCAGGUUUGCUUUUACUUUAACAAACUUACCAAAUGCCCUGCAUCCUGUUUUCUAUGGAAUGAUGAGUAAUUUCUACCGCAGAGCGUUCAUUAGAAUGAUUUCGUGCCGAACGGCAGAAUAA